GGAAUAUCUGCUGGGCCCUGGGGGCAGGGUGGGUGCCAACCUCAGUGUGGCCAGGAAUGCUGUGUGUAAAGACAGGACUGGGGACCAGCGUGACUGCCGGAGCUGCCAGUGCUGUGUGCUGCGUUGGGGAGUUGUGAGGGGGAGAGUCUGAGCAUUCUCAGCACAAAGAAGUCACUGCCUUUCCUCUCUUUCUCCGGUGGGGAUGUCUGCGUGAGAUGACGAAGGUGAGCUGAAUGCACAGUAGGGAUCAGGUCAGGAUACCCGGGGGCCAGGAGUCACUCUGUACCACUGACCCGUGGGCCCUUAGAUCACAGUCAUAUCGGGGAAAGAGAUGACACUACUCAAAUGCUGGACCUUCCUGUCCUCCAGCCAGGGCACAAAUGGGCCAAGCGGAGGCAGGUGGGGGACGGGGUUUGUGUGCCCCCAUGACUCCCUCACGGCUCAGACCUGAAAGAAUCUGCCAGCAAGGCGGGAGAUCUGGGGUCGAUCCCUGGGUUGGAAACAUCUCCUGAAGGAGGGCAUGGCAACCCAUUCCAGUACUCUUGCCGGGAGAAUCCCCAUGGACAGAGGAGCCUGGUGGACUACUGUCCAUGGGGUCGCAAAGAGUCACACAUGACUAAGUGACUAAGCACAUGACUCCCAGAGCUGUGGAGCAGAAGUCUAGUGCAGGGAAGCACAGGUCCUUUCCUGGGAAGCAUCCUGCUCAGCCGAGGAAGUGCAGGCCAGGGGCCGACACCUGCACAGAAAGCAGAGAAACUUGUGCAGUCUGCCUGCUGCAAAUGCCAAGGCCCCUCUCUGGGCCUUGUAUGGAUACUCUUGGGCCACUCUGAUUCAUUUUCCAAGGUCGAGAGGUGAUGGUGAGUUAAUGAGUCCCGAGGAUGUGCAAGCUGGGACACUGCCUCCUGUGGGACAGGGACCUGCUUUCUCCAUGAGGCCUGGGGAUGGCGGGGUGAGGGCACCCAGGGGCCUAGCCAAGAGGGUGCUGGUUUCAGUAAGCCUUUUGACACUCGGACUUGCUAUUCUCUCUCUCUCUCUCUCAGUGAACCCCAGUUACAGUUCUGCUGCAGUUCCCUGUUUGAGAGAGACAGCCAUACCUCCUGGGGAAGAUGAAGAGGAGAGGGGGCAUUAAGUCUGCAUCUCGGCAGGUGGAGGGCAGGCUGGCAGCCCUGGGCGUCCCUCAUGCGCCCAGCACUGCGCAGCCACAGGACAGCCUGUCACCCUGCCCAGAGGGUGCCCAGAGGACCGUGAGCCACCUGGAACUCGCCCCCGCCACUGCCCUGGCCGGGACCUACAAUGUCCCUGCUGCUGGUCCAGGGAGGGCAGCCCCACCCUCCUUGUUGGGUCCUGAGGCCUGGCAGCCAGAGGGCACACAAGCUCCUUUUUCUCUAAUCCCUGUCCCAACAGAGGUGGCCCUGCCCACGGGCCCUGCCCGUGGCUCUGCUUCACCUGGCCUCCUGCCCAGAUGGUUCCUCCUUUGAUGGUGGUUGGCCCUACCACUGUGACCACCCAAAUCUUCAGCCUGCCCCCUGGGCAGCUCCCAGUGGCCACACGGGUGCCUCUGUGCCCCACCUGGAUGCCUGUUGUGGCUCAGGCCUGGAACCCCUUCUACUACUGCUCAGGCAGCGCCUCUUUCCCAAAAUCUCCAGCCAUUCUUUCCCGUAAUCCCCACCCCCUUCAGGUGUACCCCCAGAGGGCCCCAAAUAUGCACCCUAUUCAGACAGAUAGAGGCGGCCCUUUGGUCAGAAUACUGCACGCCAAAAAAGAACCUGAAAACACGAGGGAUUUCCCACCCAGCACAUAUCUUCAGCCUCUCCAUCCUGGGCCUGGCUGAGCAUUUGAGUCCCCUUAGGCAGCUGCUUGCUUGCAAAGUCAAGACAGAUAGCGACCCACCCCUGGCACAAUAUGGGCAGCUCGUACACACCUGGGGAAGCCCCUCAGAUGCUCUGCACCCGCUCGUUGAAAAGACCCGUCAAGAGCUUGACAAGAGCCCGGUGGAGUGGCUUCACGGGCACAGGGACACUGUCCAGCAGGCUCCUCACUUGACAGAUGAGUAGAAAUUAGGCCUCCCCUUGUUGGGGGCCCCAAAAGAGCCCUACUUGUCCUGAGAUGCACAGGGCUGGAGCUUGUGGUCCCUGUCCGAGGCCUGUGGGUGUUCAGUUUGGGGACUCGCUGGUGUCUGGACAGCAGGCCCGAGGUUUGGCUUCAUUGCAGGGCCUGCAUCUGGUGACAUUUUCUUGUUUCUCUUUUCUUUUCCCUUUUCAGCUGAGUGCUCCAAGGGUGUCACACCUCAGCACCCUCUGCUUGCUGGGGUGUCCAUUUUAUAACACGCUUUCUCUUAAAAGAGUGUUUGUCCUGAGGAGCAUAGCAAAGAGCCCUCCAGGGUCGUGCUGCAGAGACAAGGGUUCUGAGGUCGGGAGAGGGGAGAGCGCGCACACCAGUCCACCAGAACUGAAAGGCUGGGUCUCCCUUGUUGGAAGUCUGGUGCAGGCAGAGGAGCCCCUGAGAAAGGACACGGGGCGGUGCAGGCCAGGCCUCUGUCAGCCCCAGCACUGAGCUGCCAUGACACCCGACCAAACUGCUCACUUCCAAGUCAAAACACAGCCCCUUACAACGGUCGCUGCCUGGGGAAUGCCUUAAAUUUCAGAAGGUUUCAUUCGGUUUUUUGUCUUGACUUCCGUAUGCCUCCUGACCUGAAUCACACACAGAUGCUGCUAUUUAUAAAACACAUUCCCAGAAACCUCAGCAUAUGUGGCACCUGCUUACCUGUAAAUCUAUAAAGUGGAGAUGUGCUGAUUGCAAUAUCAAAUCAUCUGCUUGUCACAAAAGGCAACUUUUAUUUACAGUCAAGGCUGCCUGACAUCAAAAGAGACUCCUGUGGUACUUCACUCCCACCACUCAGUCCUUGGUAGAUUUUGAUUGAUGUCUGCAGAGUGAAGUGGCUAAGCACGUGUCCUCCUGGGCUGGGCAGAGGCGGCAGCCUAAGGUCACACAGGAGUGGAGGGAGGGAGUAUGGACUUGAUGGGCUGGCCCUGGACAGUCAAAGUGUCUCAAGCCCCACGUGUGCCUGGGUCACCAGAGGAGAGGCCAGGCGGCUCCAGAGGCAUGGGUUUACUUUUGUCCCCGGGGUCACACAGGUGACUGUGUCUAGAAGAGUGGAAAUGCAAUUCAACCAGACAGGGUGUCUCAGGGCAGGGGCCUACCUCACAAGUGCUCCAACUAAGUAAGGGUGACCCUGGAGGCCCAACCGGGCAGACCCAGGGGAGCCAGUGAUCCAUGGCCAACUCACUUCCCACCAGCUCUGCUUGAGCCUUCUUCAGCCCAGUGCUAUUCUUGGGUCCUCAGUGGCUCAUUUGCCCCCUGGGCCCCCUUGCUCUGUCCUUUCACAAACGGAGAUGCCAUGGCCAAACAGGGAUGAGGCUCGAAGAGUCUGAUUUCUGGAUGACAGAAACAAGACUUAGCCUGUGAUGAGCAAACCUGGCAGUGCUCUGGAGUGCCAGCUCUCUGCAGGAGGAACCGCCCGGGACUCCGUGGGAACUGUUAUGAGGAAAGGCCCUAGGAUGGAUCAAGCUACAAACCAGCAGGGGAGGCUGAUGAGACACCACGGCCUGGGACUUGUCUAUGCCCAACCCCACAGGAACUCCAGGAACCAGGAGGUGAAGGCAGAAGUCUGAGGCCCAUGUCCUGAAGUCAGAGAGCAGAGGAGGCCCAGGCAGUGCUAGGAGUCAAGGCACUGCACUCAGGAUCAGGAUGACUGAGCUGAGCAAGCCCGAGGAAGACCUUCAGGACCCAGAGGCCUUGCCCCAGGAAGCUUUGAAUGAGAUGGUGGCUAACCUGAUGAAGUUCCUGCUGUUCGAGUAUCAGGCCAAGGAGAUGGGCUCCGAGGCGGAAAUGCUGAAGAAGGUGCUCAGGGAUAACCAGGAGCACUUUUCGGUGGUCUUCAGCCAAGCCUCAGAGUGCCUGCCGCUGGUCUGUGGUGUGGAGGUGAAGGAGGUAGACCCCAGGGAGCACAUCUACAUCAUGGUCCCCACCCUGGGCCUCACCUGUGAUGCGAUGCAGAGAGGUGGGCAGGGCCUGCCCAAGGCUGGCCUCCUGGUGGUGGUCCUCAGCCUGAUCCUGCAGAAUAGGGAUCACGGCCCUGAGGAGGAUAUCUGGGGAGCACUCAACAAGAUGGGGGUGUAUGUUGGGAGGGAGCACUCCAUCUUUGGGGAGCCCAGGGAGCUGCUGACCCAAGUGUGGGUGCGGGAGGGGUACCUGGAGUAUCGGCAGGUGCCUGACAGCGCCCCUGCUCGCUACGAGUUCCUGUGGGGUCCCCGGGCCUUUGCGGAGACCAGCAAGGAGAAAUUCACGGAGUAUCUGCUCAGGGUCAACCAAAGGGCUUUUAGGUCCUUCUCACUCCCUUCUGCAGAGGAUGUGAGGGAGGAGGUAGGGGGACCCUGAGCCAGAGCAGCAGCCAGGCUGAUCCGUCCCUCUGUGAUUGAAGAGGGAGUAGUCAGCCUUCUCAGGAGUGAUGGCCUAGGCCACUUGGGGAACCUGGUGUGUAGCAUUUUUAGGUUCCUGCUCUCUGUGAUGACAUGCAGAUUGAUCUCUGUUUUCUUUAAGAAUUUUUCAAAUGUGUAUUUCAGCUUAAUGCUUAAUAAACUUCAGUAUCUAACUUUGUGAAUGACAUUGAUCACACGUGUAUUUGUGCUUACCCAGUUUAAGGACAAGAGUCUUGCUGGUUUUUAAAAGAGUCUGGGAACUCUCCCAUUUAUUUUGUGACCCUGAACAUGGUAACAUGAGAAUGGAAUUAUAACUGUUUUGUAAAUGUGAACUUACUUAGCAGUAAUGUACUUGGUGAAAGAAUUAGAAAAUAAAAUGUGAUUAUAGCGAAGUCUUGCUUCUUAUACUUUUUUUUUAGAUUUUUUUUUAUUAUCUUAUUAUUUUUUUUUUAUUAGUUGGAGGCUAAUUACUUCACAACA